AUGGACGGCUACGCGCGAGCGGAGGACGAGUCCUUCCCCCCACGGCUCGUGAGCCUCACCUGGGAGGACUCCCUGGAGCAGUCUGUCAAAAUAAUCACACUACGAUUUCUCUUUUUCUCCCAUCAUUUACCCCUCAGUCUCUUAAAGCGACAGUACCAACGUGUCAUACGAUCAGUUAAACAUGUCAUUUUGUUCUUCUGCUUUGACAGAGACCUCCGGAAUAACUUGAUCAGUCGCAUCGAGCCCGGAGCCUUCCUUGGCCUGCCGGCGCUGAAGAGACUGGACCUGUCCAACAACCGCAUCGGCUGUCUGAACGUGGACAUCUUCAAGGGCCUGACGAGCCUGGUCCGACUGAACCUUUCUGGAAACAUCUUCUCCUCUGUCGCUCAGGGAACCUUCGACAGCCUGGUGUCUCUGAAAACCCUGGAGUUCAGCACGCCCUACCUGCUGUGCGACUGCAGCCUGCGCUGGCUGCAGCGCUGGGUGACGGAGCACAGUGUGACCGUUAAGGACACGCGCUGCUCGUACCCGCGUUCCCUCAAGGGCCAGCUCGCCACCGACGUCCAGCCCGAGUCCCUGACCUGCGACGCGCCCCUGGAGCUGCCCUCCUUCCUGCUCACCCCGUCCCAGCGGCAGGUGGUGUUCCAGGGGGACAGCCUGCCGUUCCAGUGCCAGGCCUCCUUCGUGGCCCAGGACAUGCAGGUGCUGUGGUACCAGGACGGCCGCGCCGUGGAGCCCGACGCCGCGCAGGGCAUCGCCAUCGAGAAGAGCAUGGUGCAGAACUGCUCGCUCAUCGCCAGCGCCCUGACCAUCUCCAACAUCCAGCCGGGCUCCACGGGCAACUGGGAGUGCCGCGUGCGCACGAGCCGGGGCAACACCAACCGCACGGUGCACAUCGUGGUGCUGGAGAGCUCCGCCAAGUACUGCAGCCCCGAACGCCAGGAUAACAACAAGGGGGAGUACAGGUGGCCCCGCACGCUGGCGGGCAUCACGGCGUACCUGCCCUGCGCCAAGACGCUGUCGGCGGGGGACGCGGGCCCCGGGGAGGCGCAGCGGGCGUGGCGGCGCUGCGACCGCGCGGGGGUCUGGGCCGACGAGGACUACUCCCUCUGCCAGUACCACAAGGACAUCACGCGCUUCCUCAACGUCAUCAACCAGAUGCCGCUGAACGAGACCAACGUGAUGCAGCGAGCUCGCCGGCUGCUCGUCUACACGCAGAACGCCGCCAACUUCUCCGACAAGAUGGACAUCGUGUUCGUGGCCGAGAUGUUCGAGAAGUUCUCCAAGUUCGCCGAGAAGUUCAAAGACCUGGGUGAGGUGAUGGUGAGCAUGGCCAGUAACCUGAUGCUUGCAGACGACAGGGUGCUGUGGUUGGCCCAGCGCGACGCCCGCGCCUGCACGCGGGUGGUCUCCUGCCUGCAGAGGAUCGCAGCCAACCUGGUGGUCAACGCGCAGGCCUUCUCAUUGACGUCCCCCAACAUCGCCCUGGAGGUGCACCCGGUUCGGGCGGGCGAGUGGAGCGGCAUGGCGUGCGUCCUCUUCCAGAAGCCCGGGCUGGAGCAGCUCACCUUCAAGUGCAACGCCACCAACGCCUUCGCCAGCAUCCUGCACAAGAACACGGUACUGGAAGCAUCCCUGCAGCUCCCGUCCUCUCUCCUCCAAUCACCGGCUGCCGCUGCUGUCGCCGGGCAGACUGACGACUCCAUUGCAAACUUCAAGUUCUACCUGUUGGCAUUCCGCAACGGCAAGUUCUUCCCGUCCACGGGGAACUCCACGCUAUUGGCCGACGGCGGGAAGAGGCGGAGCGUGGCCACACCCGUGGUCAUGGCCAAGAUAGACGGCGUCCCCCAGCACGGCCUGCGCUCGCCGGUCAACGUCACGCUGCGCCGCUUCGCCCGCGGCUCGGACGCCACGGCGGCCUUCUGGAACGCCAGCGCGGCGGGGGGCCGGGGGGGCUGGCAGAGCGAGGGCUGCCGGCUGCUGUCCCACCAUGACAACUUCACCACCAUCUCCUGCGACGCCCUCGGGAACUACGGCCUGCUCAUGGACCUGAGCAGUGUGGAGCUCUUCUCCCCCAGCAUCCAGCCCCUCCACCCGGUCACCUACGCCACGGGGCUGGUGCUGCUAGUCUGCAUGCUCACCAUCAUCAUCAGCUACGUCCACCACCACAGGUCGGUGCGCGUCAGCCGUAAGUUCUGGCACAUGCUGGUCAACCUCUGCCUCCACAUCUUCCUCACCUGCGGAGUCUUCAUCGGCGGCAUCAACCAGACGCGCUACAUCAGCGUGUGCCAGGCGGUGGGGAUCCUGCUGCACUACUCCACCCUGGCCACCACCCUUUGGGUGGGGGUGACGGCGCGCAACAUCUACAAGCAGGUGACCCGCAAGGCCAAGCGCUACGAAGAGCUGGACGAGCCGCCCCCUCCCCCCCGACCCAUGCUCAGGUUCUACUUAAUUGGCGGAGGGAUACCCAUUAUCGUUUGCGGCAUCACAGCAGCAGCCAACAUCAAAAAUUAUGGCAGUCGGAUCAAUGCGCCGUACUGCUGGAUGGCGUGGGAGCCCAGCAUCGGGGCCUUCUACGGCCCGGUGGGCUUCAUCGUGUUCGUGGACUGCAUGUACUUCCUCAGCAUCCUGCUGCAGCUCCACCGCCAUCCGGAGCGCCGCUACGAGCUCCGGGAGCUGGGCGAGGACGAGGAGGAGGAGGAGCGUCUGGGCUCCGGCGGCGGCGGCGGCGACCGGCACCGCCUCCCCCUCGCCGUCCGCCUCCCGGCGUCGGACGGCCCCCGCGGGAUGGCGAUGGCGAUGGGCGGGGCCUUGGCGUCCGCCCAGCCCUUCCCCGUGGCGGUCUCCGCCCUGGAGAACGAGCACACCUUCCCGGCCCAGCUGGCGGGCGCGGCGGGCGCGCUGGCGCUGUACGGCGCCCUGUGGGUGUUCGCCGCCAUGUCGGUGUCCCAGGAGCACCCGGUGGACCUGGCCUUCACCUGCCUGUUCGGCGUCACGGCGCUGGCGCUGGCGGCCUUCAUGACGGCGCAUCACUGCAUCAACCGGCUGGACAUGCGGCGCUACUGGGCGCAGGCCUGCUGCUCGGGGCGCCGGGCGUACUCGGCCCGCCGGGAGGACGCGCUGCUGCCCGCGCCGGGCACGGCGGCGGCGGCGGCGGCGAGCUCCACGGCCGGGUCGCUGCGGCGCGGGACCAGCGGCGAGCCGUCCCGCUGCGGGCAGAGCAGCGGCGCCGACUCGUCCUGCACCAACCGCAGCGCGGCGGCGGCGGCGGCAGUCGGCGCGAGGCCCACGCCGCAGGGCAGCAAGCUCACCAACCUGCACGCCGAGGCGGCCCAGCUGGGGAAGCCCGCCGGAGGGACGGCCGUGGCGGGGGCGUCGGCUCCGUCUGCUCCGUCGCCCGCCCUCCUCCUCCUGGACAACAGCCUGACGGAGCACUCGCUGGACAACGACAUCAAGAUGCACGUCGCGCCCGUGGAGGCGCAGUUCCGCCCCAACCCGCCGCUCGUCGGGGGGGUCGUCGCCAUGGGCAACGGGCACGCGGGGGCGGGGGCGGCGGCGGCGCGGCACCACAAGAACCGCGCGCGGGCCCACCGCGCCAGCCGGCUCACGGUGCUGCGGGAGUACGCCUACGACGUGCCGACCAGCGUGGAGGGCAGCGUGCAGAGCGCCGCCCGCAGCCGCAGCCACCACCACCACUACGACGUGGCGGCCAGGAACAGCCGCAGGGCCGCCUACAUGGCGUACCGCGAGCGCCACCAGAGCCAGCUGCAGCCCGACAGCAGCGACAGCGCCAGCCUGCCGCGCCGCGGGCGCCCCACGGACAAGGCGGCGCCGGGGGCUUCGCCGCCGCUGGCGAACGGCGGCGUCGUCAUCGUCGGAGGAGGU